GCAAAAAGCUUUUAAAUGUUAUUAACCUUGACAUGUCUUUGUGUCUUCUUGCAGAGAGUGAGCGAGAAGGUUGGGGGAGCAGAGGGGACGAAACAUGAUGAUGACUUCACUGAAAUGGAAAAGAAGGUGGACACCACCAGUAGGGCGGUGAUGGACAUUAUGACCAAGACCACAGAGUAUCUGCAGCCCAACCCAGCCUCCAGAGCCAAGAUGACCAUGAUCAACUCCAUGUCUAAGAUGCGUGGCCAGGAGAAGGGUCUGGGCUACAUCCAGACCGAGACCGUCCUGGGAGAGUCCAUGCAGAAGUUUGGCAGGGAGCUCGGGGAAGAGUCCAACUUUGGCCUGGCUCUGAUCGAUGCUGGGGAGUCCAUGCGUGAGCUGGGGGAGGUGAAGGACGCUCUAGACAUGGAGGUCAAGCAGAACUUCCUGGACCCGCUGCAGACCCUCCACGACAAAGACCUCAAGGAGAUUGCGGUGAGACUGGAUUUAUUCAUUUUAUUUUAUAUUUCAUGCAACAUUGAGACCCAGACAGGGGUGAAAGUAAGGCCGUCCGGUAAUACAACAUGCCCAAAAACUAUAGUUUGAGGAGAACACUUACAU